GGGCACCGCCCCCGCGAGCUCGGCGCAAGCGUCGGCCGCGGUGCCGGCGGGACAGGAGGGUCGGCGGGGGGCGCGGGCGGCGUUCCCAGCGACAGAGCGGAGCGGAGCGGGGCUGCGCGGCCGCUACCUCCUCUCAUGCCUUCACGGCAACAAAGAGUGCGCUGAUCGGCGGGCUACUGUAGCACAGAGGGCAUCGGGGGACGAUGGCGAGGAAAGGAGAAGCCUCUGCGCCUCCCUACGGUGAACCAAGGAAAUUUGACCCAAAGUUCAGAGGACCUAUUCAUAACAGGCAUUGUACAGAUGUUAUUUGCUGUGUAAUCUUCAUAGUUGUCAUUCUGGGUUACAUUGCAUUAGGAAUUGUAGCUUGGGUACAUGGUGAUCCCAGGAAAGUGAUUUAUCCAACUGACAGCUAUGGGCAGUUCUGUGGUCAGAAGGACACCUUCAAUGAGAACAAGACCAUUUUGUUUUACUUUAACAUUCUGAAAUGUGCCAGUCCUGUAGUGUUAAUUAACCUACAGUGCCCUACAACACAGCUUUGUGUCUCAAAGUGCCCAGACAGGUUUGCAACCUACAUUGAUGUUCAAGCUUCCUACAGAUAUAGGCCAGAUCAGUGGAAUUACUUCAAGCAGUACUGCAAACCCGGUUUUAACAAUCCUCGCAAGUCUGUUGCUCAAGUCCUACGUGAUGAAGAUUGUCCUUCGAUGAUCAUUCCAAGCAGGCCUUUUCUUAAGAGAUGCUUCCCAGACUUCUCCACAAAGAAUGGUGUCCUAACUGUGGCAAACCAGACUACAUUCAAAGAUGGAAGAGGGAAAACAAGAAAUGUAACUGAUCUCAGGGAAGCUGCAAAUGGUAUCAACAAUGUCCUGGAUGCAAGAUCAGUUGGAAUGAAAAUUUUUGAAGACUAUGCCAUUUCUUGGUAUUGGAUAUUAAUUGGGCUGUUCAUUGCAAUGAUAGUGAGCCUGCUCUUCCUUGUGCUGUUGAGGUUCACAGCUGGGGUUCUCUUCUGGAUUUUCAUCUUUGGUGUGAUUGGAAUUAUAGGCUAUGGCACCUGGCAUUGUUACUGGGAGUAUGAUCAUCUAAAAGGAAUACCUGGAUCUGACCUCACUGUUUACGAUAUUGGAUUCCAGACAGACUUCCGAGUGUACCUUCAACUGAGGCAAACGUGGCUAGCAUUUAUGAUAAUACUUUGUGUUGUUGAGAUCAUAAUCAUAUUGAUGCUGAUCUUCCUAAGAAAUAGGAUCCGGAUUGCUAUUGCACUGUUAAAGGAAGGUAGUAGGGCUAUUGGCUAUAUAAUGUCUACGUUGUUCUACCCAAUUGUCACCUUCAUACUCAUUGCAAUUUGCAUUUCCUACUGGGCUGUGACAGCUGUUUUUCUAGCUACAUCAGGAGAACCUGUGUAUAAAGUAAUGGCUAAUCAAACACUGUGCAAGUAUGCAAACCUGACUUGUGACCCAGAGACAUUUAACACAACCAAUGUAACAAAAUUAUGCCCAGGUGCUCAAUGUACGUUUGCUUUUUAUGGAGGAGAAAGCCUGUACCAUAAGUACAUCUUCAUCUUUCAGUUAGCCAAUGCCUUUGUCUUUCUCUGGCUCGUAAACUUUGCAAUUGCACUGGGUCAGUGUACCCUUGCUGGUGCCUUUGCCUCUUACUAUUGGGCUUCUCGAAAACCAGCAGACAUUCCACUGUGGCCACUCUUCUCUUCAUUUGGACGGGCAAUACGAUAUCAUACUGGUUCACUGGCAUUUGGAGCCUUAAUUCUUGCAAUUGUCCAGCUGAUCAGAGUAGUACUGGAGUACUUGGAUCACAAACUGAAAGGUACACAGAACUCCUUCACUAGAUUUCUACUCUGCUGCCUCAAAUGCUGUUUCUGGUGUUUGGAAAAAUUCUUAAAAUUUAUAAACAGAAAUGCCUACAUCAUGAUUGCCAUAUAUGGUAAAAACUUCUGCACCUCGGCAAAGGAAGCAUUCUUUCUGCUCAUGAGAAAUGUGGUGAGAGUUGCAGUUCUGGACAAAGUUACAGACUUUCUUUUAUUCCUGGGGAAAAUUCUCGUAGCUGGUGGUGUAGGUGUUCUUGCGUUCUUCUUCUUCACACAGAGAAUACCAGUCUUUGCCCAGGAAGCACCAGCACUAAAUUACUACUGGGUACCAUUGUUGACUGUCAUUAUUGGCUCCUACCUAGUGGCACACGGGUUCUUCAGUGUCUAUGCAAUGUGUGUUGAUACACUUUUCCUCUGCUUUUAUUCGGAGGCCCUGCCUCUGCGAGACCGAGACUGAGCCCCACGUACCGCUGCACCCCGCUCGCUUGCCCGGCGUUCUAACCGAUCGGCCCGGAGAGAACCUCACUUAAGUCAGCCAUAGGACCCCAACAGCUGCCGCCCAGUAAUGUCGCCGGGACGCUGGGGGCGCGGCGCUUUGUUCUAACUGCGGCGAAGUUCGGGACGGCGCGGUGGAAGCCGUCCAGCGGCGGUGGGCAGAGCGGGAGCGCUGUGGCCAGCUGUGCCCUCCUGCCGUGCUCCCCGCCCCAGGGGAACUCUCCUCUGCGCCCUGACGGGCGGGGCGGUCCGGAGCGCCUCCGAUCCCCGAGCAGCCCCGCGGAGCUCCGGCCCCACGCGUUCACCUAGAAGCGCCUUUUGGGCGUCUCCCCUCCCGGGUACCCGCACGCCCAUCGCGCCGAGUGGAUCGCGGAGGGGAGGGAACGGCUACGGCCCGCGUCGUCGGAACGCGGCCGGAUCAGACCCGCGGGACGGCGGCAGGGAGUGCCGCUACCGGAGAAGAGAGUCGGCCGCGCUGCAUCUCCCCACGCCAUGGGAACCACCGCCGCGCCGCGGGGGGAGCACCGGAGAAUCUCUCUCCGUCCGUCCUGCCAGCCCGACCUUUCCCGUCAGGUAAAUCCCGAGGCACGGCAUGAGAACUGUCGCCUGUUCCAGAUGGCACCGCAGAAAAGCAGCGCCUGCCCUGGGGGUCGCCAGAAUGAUGCGACGUGGAGGAACCAGAGGCAGAGAGCUGGGGAGAGGCCGGGGGGCCCUGCAGCGCCCUUCGUUGCACCGUCGAUGCUUUCCCCGCACUGUUAACGAGUUUACUGCGCAGCGUUGGUGUGCGCUUCACGGACGGCUGCGUUUUAGAUUUCUGUGAAGCAGCGCCUUCCUGCAUGCGCGCACCUUUUAUCUCUAAUAAAUACAGCCUUAGGAGCCAACAAAAUCCAUACACGCGUUGUUCCCUGCAGCGAUAGCAAACGCGCAGCAGUAAUUCAUAAGACGUGUGCUGGAGGAAGGAAAAAAACGCACGGGAGAUUUAUCGGUGUUCCUUCUUACUCUCGGUGCACGCGCCCGGCGGCCGCGAGAACACCUGCACCCCUCACCCCGUUCUGCGCGGCGCCCCGCGGCCCCACCCGCGCUCUGCUCCGUUCCUGCGGCCGCGUCGGUCCCGCGCGGCACUUCAGAUCCGCCCAGGGCUGAUCCCGCGGCCGGGAGAUCGGCGGCCCCGGCAGCCACCGAGGGACGCGAAGACGGCGCGCCUCGCGAGCUCAGACGGAGACAACGGAGCUCGGCUACUUCUCCAGAGUCCUGUCUAAAUUUCAUCGCUUCGGUUACCCGCUCUCGGAAUAUUAGUAAGUAUUGCUAGCAUAGCUUCGUUUCUGAGGAGGUGAAAGCAGGCGGACGCACAGAACUUAGUGGCAGGGAGAAGCGGGCCGAGUGGAGCGGAGCUGCCGGGGGCGGUCGGGACGGGCCCGUGCUCGGCCUCGUCCCGUCGGGACUCAGAGCGGAGCAGAGCGCGCGCUGCGGAGAGCCCGGGUGGGAGCGCGGUGUUCCGUGCGCGGAGGACUCUCCGAUGGGGGACCUCGUCUGUUCCUCUCAGAAGUAGUGCAAGGACGGGGGGAGGGAGCGCUAAACGUCUGUGCACGGGAGAGAUCUUUUAAAUAUAUGACAGCAGAGCACAGGGCUGAGCGCGGACAGCAAGAGUUGUAACAAGAGGGUGUUGGCAUUGGGCUUCUCGAGCAAAGACAACACCGCGGAGCGAGUGCACGCGGCGGGACGUCUCUCUCUGAAGGGCGCUUCAGCGAAACGUAUUCACAGAGAAAACGGACGGGCUGCUGAGAAAUUAAACGUGGGACCGCGGUGAGUCCGCGAAAAGCGGACGCCGACACCAAGCUGCGGACAGUCCGAGCUGUCGCUUCCGAUAGCCCUGCUGGGCUCGGCCCAUUGCCGUCCCCCACCGCUCUGGGUGUCCCCGGAACAACGGCCAACGGCUCUGCCUCACCCGCGCCUCCGCCACAGCCGGGCUGGGGAAGUGCCGCGGGUUUGGACGAAGCGCGGCGGGACGAGCGGCGCUCCGCUCGCGGUGUUUCACGUCGCUGCCGAAGGGAACGCGGUGUGCCCUACGGGGUGGAAACGAGCUCCCGCUGCGCGGCCCCGUCUCGCAGCCUCACCUCCCCUCUCGUUUACGUCCCGCGGGUAUCCCCGCGGCCCCGGAGGGCGAGGCGAGGACCGCCAGCAGAUGCUGCCGUGACUCUGUGCGGUCCGCUCUUUGUGCAGCCCAGGUCCGCGCGGUCCCUUUCUUGGCCAGCAAGAUGUCUGGCAGGAGAGAUGGGUUAAAAAGCGGAGCUGAUAGCUGUAGGGACAAAGUUCACUUCCAUGCACGCUGCCUUUCCUGUCUCAGGUAUCAUCUUUCGCAUGCUUUAACAUUUGCCCACCUGUGGGUAUCUGGAGGUUUUUCAUCUCUGGAUCUCAGCAUCCUGACCUCGGGGAGAUGGGGGGUGGGGGGUGGUGGCGGCGGCUCUGUGGUCUGCGGAAGUCAGGCAAUGAAGUGAAGCCAGCACACUUGGGCUUGCUCUUUGUGAGUUCGCACUCCCCCUGGCUCCAGCCCUGGUGAAAGCUGCAGUCUGGACUACUCCUGAAUUCCUGUUUCUGGACUGGGUUAGCGAGAAGUAAACCAACCCAAUCAGUCUCCUACCUGUUAUUUGUUUUCCAUACCAGAGUAGUGCACUCUUCCUUGGGCCAGGCUGUCUCCGGCUCUUGGGUCCAGUAUUUCCUGUAGCUUUAUGCUCAUGACUAUUCCAGCGUGGAGCUCUGAGUCUCUUGUUUGGGAAUGACCAGAUGGGUCUGAGGGAAAAGUUUCUGUGUCCGACUUGGAUGUGUGAGACAGCUGUUCCCUCACCAAAGUUCAGGACCGGAUGCAAUGUACGUUUUUAUUUUUCUUUUCUCUGUAGGAGGUGUAGAGGCAGAGGAGGCAAAGGGCAAGCAGGGGGUUAGUGGGGUGCAGCCCUGCAUUUUUUUUAGUGCAGUGGCCCUCGCACUGCAGGAGGAAGUGCAGAGUCGUUUCAGCACCCUAGAGAAUAACGGCAGUAAUUUUGCCCUUUUUACUCCUUGUUGCACUUCUUGGUCCCUACACCGUAAACAGAUUGUAUUGGUGAAACUUGUGCAUGUUCGAGUGGAGUGCUGCAUCUUAUGUGGUUCUGAAGUCAUGGUGAAAACUUUAUGUAGAAGUUGACUUUUCGAGUUUGUAAACAUCUGUGCUAGUUGUACCAUACUGUCAUGCAGACAGAGAAAGUGUUGUGGACAGAGGAAAAUAAAGCAGCGAUCGAAUGUUAUGAAAGAGCACUUUGCCCUUAGCAGAACCAACACGGAAAGCAUCGACGAUUGUUUAUAAAUACACAGCUACAAAACUUACUGCCCGCUUUCCGCUGUAGGAACGUCCUCUUUUCUAAGAGCGUGGUAACUCCGUGCUGAAGGGCCCGAAAUGUUUCCCUGGGCUAUCGGAUCUGCCCGCUUAAUUCCUUUCACUUUUGUUUAUCCGCUGAAUAAACACUGCUCUGUGGCAGCAGACCUGAGCCGUCACAUGGAAUCGGGGGGCGGCGGGGGGCCGCCGCAGCGUCUCGCGCAGCCGCUUCAGUCGCCGCCGGUGAGAACAGAGUGCCUUUUUUUUUUUUUUUCUUUCUUUCGUUCUUUUUUUUUUUUUUUCCCGCCAGGAGCCUUUGCUGGGCCGCGGAGGGGUGGCCUCGUUGUCCCUUCCCCGCCCCGGCCUUUGCGGAACGUCCGAAGGAGGACGGAUUGGGUCCGCUCGUCCGCUGCCCUGAGCCGCCGCUCCGCGCCGCAGGGACGCGGUGAGCGCCCGGAGGGGAGCGCGGGGCUCAGCGGCUGCGCUCCGUCGGACGCCGUCGGGCUGUCCCGGCCCCACGGGUCGCUGCCGCACGAGUCGGCAGCGGCUGCCGCUGGCGGAGGCUGGAGGGAAACAGCGCUGCAACAAUUGAGAUGGCAAAAAAAAAUAUUUGGAGACGAGGCUGUUGAAGCAAAACUUCCCGCUGACGCCGAGAUAGAGCCGUCGGGCGACAGAGGGUGUGGGGAGGGCCGAUGGGGCACGGUCCCGGGCUCCGCCGGGUGCCGCAGACCGGGGCCGAUGCCUCCAGCCUCCGGGAGCAACUGGGGCGGCGGGACCCGGGCUACAGCUUUCCGACAAGCGAACACCCCGCUUUAACAGCUCCCCGAAAGGAAAGGUCCUAGAGUUGGCACAGGGACAAAUACAAAUUACAGACAGGAGAAUAGGGUCUGCAGAUCUCCUCGCGUGAGCUCAUUUGCAGAGUAGGCGGCUGCCUUUGUCUUUCACAGGACUUUUUCCUUCAUCUGAGUCAUACCACUGAAUGCCAAGCGCAACUCAGGGCAGGAAUCGGAAGUUACUUGUUUGAACGAAUGAAAACUUCCCUCCCUUACACGCCAACAAAUGCUUUUCAGAGAAAAACUAUAUUUGCUGCCUUGGGACGACACCCUUUCUCUUUCCAACGUCGAAGGCUAUGCUUUGGUAAGCAGCGUGCACAGUGUGAUCCUUAGUCCCAUCUUCUCACACGUACCAUGCUCUGAGCACAACAGAACUGUUGAAAUGUGCUUGCUUUUGCUUGCCAUUUAGUCAGAGAUUUCUAAGUUGCCAAUUAUUCACAGAUUUCAUUUUUUUCCCUCAAAACUCAGCUGCGGGUGUUCGGGGGACUUUGCCUCAAGUAGUGCUUAGCUUGGUAGAAAACAGGAAUCAGAGAAGAGUGCUACCUCUGAGGCUAACAGAGUCUCUCAGACUCAGUGGUGGGACUUUCUGGUGAGGUGUCACUACAAGAAACUGCUCUUUGCAGUGUGAAUUAAAGGACGCAUUAACUUCUUUUCACAGUGUAAGCUUUCAGAAUUUUCCCCGGCUGCUUUCUGACUUUUUGGACUGAUAAAGUGUUCAGUGUAUGUGUGUUAAAAUGAAAAUGGCUGCCAAAAAAAGCACACUUGGGCCUCCCUAGCUGGAGAUGCUUUGUUUAUUGAAUUGACAAGCUGGGAAGGAAGCUCGUGGAAAAGGUGAUUAAUUUGUGCCAGAUCUGAAAACCACAGAGGAUCUCCAGAAACGGGACCCCAGCUUCCUACCCACAGGCUACAAUUGCCAGAAUAUUUGCACAUAUCUACAAACAACGAAUCGAGAUUCACACAAGAUUUACAAUUUUAUGUACAAAGUCCUACUGUAAUUCCCGGAAAUAAAAUAAGUUUGUUUUGGAAGUGCGGGC